UUUGGACAAAACUCAACAGCACUUUUUCAUGUGGCUGUUCACAAAAAUAGGAUCGCCAACAUGAUCUCCAACGUCCGAUGAUGGACAGGGCUCAAGAAGAAGAAGAAUUGUAUAAAUUGAUUACCAUGAUCGAAUUCAUCAAUGUUGGUUUUUCUUCUGUUUGCUGGCAGCUUUACAACGAGGUGCCCUUGGUAAGAAGUCUCCCCUUGCCCCACCAGACAAUACUAAGAACUGCAGAGAAAAUAUAUGUUUUUAUUCAAAAGGAGGUGGAAGAACACAAGGCGACCUUGACUCCGGGAGAACCUCGUGAUUUCACUGAUGCCUACUUAGAAGAAAUACAGAAGCCAGAGAAGAAAAGUUCAGGCUUUGAAGAAGAGCAAUUACGAGUCUUACUGUCUGAUCUAUUUCUGGCUGGAACAGAGACAACGGCCGCAGCACUUCAGUGGACAAUGCUCUAUUUGGUGGCCUUUCCAGAGAUUCAAG